CUUUCAUUUGUCCUAUAAGUUCAUUCAGAUUCACCUGCAUUCGAGAAUGUCCAUACUCCGAGCGACUAUACGUCCCCGCCCGCUCCAUCGGGCCUUUACCAGGCAUAACUCUCAGCUCGCUGCCAGGUUAGCUCCAAGCGCAAUCAGUGGCUCAGCGAGCCCUAUCCAACAGCUAUACGACUUGCGGGAGAUCGAUAAACUUACCGCCUCCGUUGCUAAGUCUUCUCCCAGCAAUGUUAACCACCCCUCUCCCCUCGUCAUGCGAGCGCUGCCCGCUCCAUGGUUAUCCGCUUCUCAGCCCAACCUUGCUAGCCAAGGAUCAAAAGAUGACCUCGAAGUUGAUGCCAAGAGUGUAGAGGAGGCGCAAAAGUCUUUGGGGCCCAAGCAUAUGAGCGAAAGCUAUACUACUUUUGACUUGCCUUUAGCUAGCGAUGCGGGCCUGUAUGACCGCUAUGUGAAUACCUCAGGAGGUUUUAGAAUGGGCAAGCUGUUGGAACACCUCGACUCUCUGGCCGGUGCGGUCGCAUACCGCCAUGCCCUCCCUACCCCAACGAGCUCCGCCGCCUCCGCCUUCCACGAAGCCUCCGCCAAAGCCGGUCUUUACCUCGCUACAGCCAGCGCCGACAGAUUAGACAUGUUUGGCCGCCUGAACAAGGAGAAUGUGCGAGACCUCAAAUUUUCUGGCUUUGUGACCUGGACAGGAAGCUCGAGUAUGGAAGUGGUCGUGAAGAUGGAGGGCUCGAAUACGGAUAGUAGCUGGGAGACACUCAUGCUGGGGCGAUUCGUGAUGGUCUGCAGGGAUUCCAAGACGCAUAAGGCUAGGAAGAUUCCGCCUUUGGCUGUGGACAGAGACGAGGAGAAGAUUCUGUGGGCCAUUGGCGACGAGCAUCAGAAGAGGAGAAAGACGACCGCUCUGAACGCCCUGGACAAGGUUCCUCCAUCAUCAAAGGAAGCCGGAGAUCUCCACGAGCUUAUGCUGAAGGUGCAAGAGGCCAAGGAUGGCAAGAUUGACGGCCAAGAAAUUGUACAGAUGAAAGACACAGAAAUUGAGACCGUGCAGCUUAUGCACCCUCAAGAUCGUAAUCUUCACGGCAAGGUCUUUGGUGGUAUCUUGAUGCGCCUUGCUUUGUGAGGCAUUGCCUAUAGCCGGGGUGUCAUGACUGACAUGUCAUAGCGAGCUCUGCUUCACCAACGCCUCGCUUUUCGCCCAAGGCCCACUCCGCUUCUUGGCCCUAGACCAGAUCACUUUCAAGCUGCCCGUCCCCAUCGGAGCCGUCUUGAGACUCACGUCCAAGAUCGUCAACACCACUCAGCCUCACGAAGGCGCUGACGGAGAGGCAAAGGUGCAUAUAGUAGUCAAAGCCGAAGUCGAGGAGGUCGAAACUGGGAUCCGACGGGAAACCAACACAUUCUUCUUCACCAUGGCCAAGGGUGGGAGAGAACCUAUCGGAAAGAUGGUCGUCCCUUCUACAUACCAAGAGACCAUGUACUACUUGGAAGGGAAGAGAAGGUUGCAGCUGGGUGACGAGAUGAGGAGACUGUAUCUUGGAGAGAGGGCUGGAGCAGUCGGAGACGCAUCUUAAUACUUUUUCUGUGCAUGCAUGUGAUGAGC